AACCUGUGUUUCCCUUCUUCUUCUCGAGAGAGCUAGGUUUUUACAUUUUGGUUUCGGCGGCAGAAGGAAAAGAAGGAGAAAAAGAAAAGAAAAAGAAGAAGAAGAACUCAAGCUAACCUUCUCGACUGCAUCUGCUCCAAGGAACGUCGCACGCAGCACCAGGUCCAGGUCCAGCGUUUCUUCUUCUUCUCUGCUGCUGCACGAGAAAAGAGAGAAGUUUGUUGAUUAACAGUAUUGCUUGCAGAGAAGAGAAGAUUGUUCAGAAUUGAAAUAUGUCCAGUGGCCCUGGUCUUGAGUCACUUGUUGACCAAACAAUUUCAGUUAUCACAAAUGAUGGACGGAAUAUUGUGGGAGUCUUGAAAGGCUUCGACCAGGCUACUAAUAUCAUUCUCGAUGAAUCUCAUGAACGUGUUUUCUCUACAAAGGAGGGUGUUCAGCAACUCGUGUUGGGGUUGUAUAUAAUCAGAGGUGACAACAUAAGCAUCGUUGGGGAAUUAGAUGCAGAUCUUGAUUCUACUGUUGACUGGUCAAAUAUGAGAGCUUAUCCCCUCAAGCCUGUCAUCCACUGACUCAGCAUGAAAGCAAAGCCAUAGAGCGGUUGGUUGUGGACUCGAGAGGAUAUAAGUGAGAUUCAAUGAAGCAGAAUAGGUAUAGAAUCUAUGAAAAUUCGAGUUUGCUUGCUAUAUUCAUGAAGAAUAGGUGCUUUCAAAAGUGUUUCCUAAUAUCAUUUUCUUAAACACUGAUUCAAUGAAGCAGAAUUAUCAGCACCAAUCUAGUUAUUUGCAACUUUUGAAUUCCUUUGAUAGCCAAUAUAUAUUUACAAGUAAAUGAUGUUUUUCCAUUUUC